AUGGCUGUCCCCGCGAAGGCUCCCUUCUUCGGUGUGCGCUCUGCCGAGGCCACCUGGCCGCUGCCGACCAUCGCCUUCCUCGGCGGCACUGGCCGGAUGGGCGUCCACCUGUGCGCGGCGUGGGCAAACGCGGGCUACGACGUGACGAUGUGCUCGAGGACGAAGGACAAGGCCCAGGUGAUCGUGGACUCGCUGCUGAGCGGCAAGGGCUUCCAGGAGAAGGCCAGCAGCGGCAGCGUCGGCGAGAUCAGCGUGCCGCCGUGCCCGGCGGACGACUGGAAGCUGAAGGCGGGCACGAACGAGGACGCGGCGGAAGCGGACAUGAUCGUGCUGGGCACGCGCUUCGACGCGGCGUGGCCGCUUCUUGAGGCGAUCGCGCCGAAGAUCCGCGGCAAGGGCAAGCUGAUCCUCGACAUCACCAACCCCUACCUCGCUUGGACCAUGGGCGGCUCAGGCGGAGAGAAGGGCGCCGCUCUGCUUCCGAAGGACGGGCCGCAGUCGGGCAUCGAGUUCCACAUGGCCAAGCUCGACGAUCCGAGCACCAAGUGGGCGGCCGCGUACAAGACGGCGGCGCUCCCGGUCGUGUGCGAGCUCGUCGCGAUGCACGGCUGGAAGCCAGUUGUCCGCGGGGACUGCUCGGUGGCCCCGCAUUUCGAGGGCGGCACCAUGGGCUUCUGCCGCUUCCUCGGCAACAUGAAGCGCGAGAUGUUUGAGGGCGAGAAGCUCAGCGUCGG